AUGGAAGUAAAGGUAGGUGAGUUCAAGCCUAUUGAUAUCCAGCCAGAAGCAGCCUAUAACUAUCUCACGGGAAAGGGGAACAACACAAGAGAAUCGAAGGCACAUGUGGCCUAUAAUGAUUUUUCCGUGAAGCAUAUAGUGAUGCAUAAGUCUGAAGGGGCAGAAAAAUUUGCUAAGCGGAGAAAGACUACUGCAGAAAAAGGGAAGAAAUCCUCUGUUCAACUUCAGGAUGAGUCUUCUGAAGAAGAAGAGGCUCAGUUGACAAGUUCAGAUGAUGAGAGAACUCACACAGAUUCAUCCGAGGAGAUCCCUAGUGCUAAUUCACAUGAUGAUGAUCAAGGAGAGGACAAGGAUGAAGUUGGAGAGGACAUUGACGAAGAUGUUCGUAGAAUAAAUGAGCAGGAGAAUCUUGCUGACAAAGAAGAUCAUCUCCAUCAGACUCAUAUGCAUGAAGGUAGGAAGAAAAUGGAAACUGAUGGGACAUCUACUGAAAAUGCAGAGAGAGAAGCAAAAUAUGAUUGUGAGAUGUACAUUGAGAUGUGGGAGGAACAUAUGGAUGAAAGAAAAGAAGCAACAAGGAUUGGUGAACUUGUCUCUGGCUUGAAAGAUAAGGAGUCCUCGGAGUCUCUGGAAAUGGAAGUUGACAAAAUGGUUAACGAUGAAUCACUUGCUGUUGCUACCGAGGAAUUGACUGCAGAAAUUGCAGACAAGACACGGGAGCAACCCAAGGAAAAAGAGUCUGAUGUUCAGGAGGAACAACCCAAGGAAAUGGAGUCUACUAUUGUGACUCAGAAGAAGUUAUCCAAGGAGACAGAAUCUGUUGCUGGAGAGAAAGAAAAGAGAACUUCAAAUGACAUUCUUGCUCAGACUCAGAGGGAGAUCAAUUUGCAGCGCGUUCUAGAUUCUACCUCUAAGAGAGUUUCUUCAGACAAGGGAAAGGCACCAAUGGCUGAAGGAAGGGCUAGAACACCUGAUAGAAAAUUAACUCCAGAGAAGACCCUAAAUGCCUUCAUUAAAGAGCUGGAGGACACAAGAUCUUCACAAGGUUAUAGGCUGGACGCGAUUGCAAAAGAAGUUAUGAAGAAGUUGAGCACUUUUCAGGAGAUGCUCGACAAAUAUCUUCACCUCUUCUUCUCUGAGAUGGCCAGCUUGGAUACUUAUUCUCUAAUUUGGGAAGAAAACAUUACUCAAGAAGUUCAUGAACUGCUGUCUUUGAGAAAUCUCACUUCUGCAAUUGUUGGUACAAGUGGAGCAAAUCAAGACCAGAAUGAAGAAGUUCCAAAGGAGGAUGGCAAUGGGCCAAAUGGAGUUUCCUCCUCUUCUGCAAAUCCAAAUCCACCACCUUCUACUUAA